AGACUAACAAUCAAAUCGAUGUGUCCAAUGGAUUUGCAUCACUUCCCUAUGGAUAAGCAAAGUUGUCCACUUAUAUUCGGCAGCUACAGCUAUCCAAUCGAUCAGAUUAUGUACAGUUGGGAUAAGAGUCCGGUCAGUUUUGGUGAACUAUCAAUGUCUCAGUUUGAUUUAGUCACCACUCCUCACAGGAACGGAACCGUUAAAUUUCAAAGAGGCAAUUAUUCAAUGCUCCAGCUCAAUUUUAAUUUGCGCCGGCAUGUGGGCUAUUUUCUAAUCCAGAUAUACGUUCCCUGUUCUCUCAUUGUGGUUCUGUCGUGGGGAGGCGACUGCAGCUAUGCGACGGCAUUGGAUUGGUUCACAAUAAUGUGCUUUCUAUUCGUUGUGUUCACACUAUUAGAGUUCGCUGGCGUCCACUUCUUCACGAAAGUGGGAACCGGAGAGGUGCCGUUCGUGGAGAGGAUGGAUGAGGAUUGGGCUCAAGACCAGUACGAAGACACAGACAAUGACAAUCCGCUCCACAUUAUAGCCCCACCGAAAGCUUAUCAAACCGAUGAGAGAAAGAAAUCAGUGAAUCGUAUGAAGGAUUAUAAGUCUUAG